AUGACCAGUAAGCGCUCUCGCGCUGCUUUUGAGGCCGACCUCCAAGCCCACCAGUCCCCCUUCGCCUUCUACGGCACCCCGCUACCUCCCCUCGACGCCAGCGUCCGCGACGAUGGCUCCUACACCCCGAUCUGGAAACAGGAAGUGACCGACGACCGGGGAAGGAAACGCCUGCAUGGCGCCUUCACCGGUGGUUUCAGUGCCGGGUACUUCAACACCGUCGGCUCGAAAGAAGGAUGGACCCCGGCGACCUUUGUGUCCUCGCGCCAGAACCGCGCCAAGGCCGCCCCCCAGCAGCGUCCCGAGGAUUUUAUGGACGAAGAGGAUAUCCGCGAGGCCGAAGAGGCCCGGAACCUGCAGACCGCCGAGGACUUCUCCGGGUUUGGUUCAACUGGGACGGACCCCGCGCGCCGCGGCGGUUUGAUGGAUGUCUUCCAAAUGGGAGGCGAAACGAUGGGCGUCAAGUUGCUCAAGAAGAUGGGCUGGAAGGAGGGUCAAGGCAUCGGGCCCAAGGUCCGGCGCAGGGCCUAUGGGGAUGCGUCCGAUGCCGACAAGACGUAUCUCUUUGCGCCGGAGAACCCGCCAAUGGUAGCCUUCAUACACAAGACAGACCAUAAAGGCCUCGGUUUCGAAGGGGAAUCUCGCUUGGACGCGCAUAAACCGGAUGAUCAGGAAUCCGAUGACGACGCGGACCCUUUCUUUGGUCGCCGGCUAAGAGUCCCCGAGAAGCCGAAACCCCCGAGAACGAAAGAACCCCGUCGCGGUGCAUUCGGAGUCGGCGUCUUGAACGAUACCGGAUCAGACGAUGAAGACCCGUACUCGCUGGGCCCGCAGAUAUCGUACAACCGUGUGAUCGGAGGCGACAAGAAGAAGAAAAAGAGGGCCAAGUCCGAAGACGGCAAACCCGCCAUCACCUCGUCCAAUCCUCUUCUCAACAGUAAGCCCGUCUUUAUAUCGAAGAAAGCAAUCGCGGCGAAAGGCGCUGGUUUUCGAAAGUGUCAUGAUGGCCGAUUGCCGCUGGAUGGAUUUCUUCUUGCCGACGGAAUCUCUGGCCUUGCGAUUUCGUCUCAAGAGAAGAAAUAUGCGCCGCCAGAGAUCCCCAAGGACUGGAAAUCCAGAAAAAGACCAUCCCACGACAGGGAUGAAUCGACUUAUGUCUCCACGAAAGAGGCAGCCAAAGCCUCAUCCCUGGACCCCUCGUCGAGAGCCGCGCUUCUGGGAGAAGCGCAGCUGCCGGGCCAAUCGAUAUUCGAUUGGAUGACUCCCGAGGCCCGCGAAAGGAUUGUGAAGCUUACUGGGAGGACGGAUCUCCCACCAGCACGAGGAGAAAAGGCCCCCAAGGGCUACGAGGCUUCCGACGCUCAGAAACGGCGGGAUCUGUGGGAUCUCGUGCCUAAACUGGAUAAACAGGUAGCGGUGCAGGCGUUGACCCGAGCGGCCAGCGGGUGGAUGCCCUAUUCGGAGGAUCCCGACAAGCGCACACGCUAUCGAACGUUUCUGGAAGUCCGGGCUGGACUGCGAGAGAGCCUCCCGGAGCGGGUCCCCGGCUCGACUACGGACGAAUGGAUUGCGGAGCUUAAUGAGUUCGCUCGGGCGGCAGAAGUGUUCAAGCCGAUGUCAGGUCUAAUGGCUUCCCGGUUUACAUCGGCGUCGUCUGGACCGAAGGGGUCUUCGGAUGAGUCUGAAUCAGCGACUUCACCCAGUUCGUUAUUGAGCAAGCCGGCCCAGAAACCGGCCGAUCCUGCAGAAGAGGCCGCAAAGAUCGGUAUGUUUGGGCCCAUGACGCGGAGCCACCAUACGUUCUAUCCAACCCGUCUUCUGUGCAAGCGGUUCAACGUGAAACCGCCCAGCCAUGUGCAGGUCGACCCGGGCGAACCACGAGAGCGUGCGGAGGGUACACCCGGAGAUCGUUUCCAGUCAGCCGGGUACCAGAGCGAUACGGGACCAAAGGAAUUAGUGUCCCGCGAUGUGAUGAACCAGCUCAUGCUGAAUAUUGGGGCAACGGGCGGUGCUGAUGCAGGAUCGUCGGGGGUGCAGGAGAAGGCAAAGCCUAUCGUGGUGGAACCCGAGCGCAACGAAGCCCUGGAGGCUGAGCGUCCUGGAGAGGCGGUGUUUAAGGCGAUAUUUGGGAGCGAUGACGAGGAGGAAUAA